GACAGGUAGACUGUAAACAUCUCUAGUUUUCGUACGCUCUCUCGAAAGAAGCACCUCAUCAACAAAUUGUGGUCCGGCUCGGGUGAAGUUUUCUUCUCACGCUGGUUUUCGUUUCGGUGUUCUUCUCCAGAAAGAAGUUGAAGAACCUUCUGGUUCUGGUUCUGGAAAAAGGGGGUUCUACUGCGCCAUUGGACCCGUUUUUUUGUUCUGACUGAUCAUUCUCGAGUCCCAAGUUCUUGAUACGAGAGGAGGAGGAGAAACGUGACAUCGUGAACCAAGCAAAACAGGCGGAAAAAAAGAGGUUGUAUAAUAUUUCUUUCGACCCAGAGCGACAGACCUCUGGAAUUCUUGUUGUGAGAAUCCUCGGCGGAUCGAAGAAGUUGCUCGUUGCCGUCUUGCUGCUUGUGAAUAAUCGAACGUGUGGUUAACCAUCUACGUGUGUUUAUUUGGUUCUUGUUUGUGGCUGUUACGUAUUAGUGGAGUUCCAUUAGGGAAAGGAAGUUACCUCCAAGUGUUUUGGUAAGCUGGUGAGGUUCCUUUCUGAUAGAAAAAGAAGAAGAGCCAGAAACCUGUUGAGUUGAGCCAAGUUGAGCCGAGUUGACUUGACCAGCAGAAGAACCUGAAGAUCGAAGAAGAGUUGAGUUGAGAAUAUAAUAAGCAGGAAUCAGAAAAAAAACCUGUGCUGUUUGUUGCUGCUGAGGGCAGAUGGAAUAGAAAAAAAAAACAACGGUCAAAGUGACUUGUGUUGUGACCAAUUGUUGUUGCUUGUCUUCCAACAAGAACGGAAUUUUGCACGGCCCACAGUUUACGGUCAGAGGAUACACCCAAAGGGCUUCGAAUUCGCAGCGCCAUUCGGAAAACGAAACGAUUGUUGCACGGAUUACACGAAAUCAGAUCUCCAGAGCUCUCGCGCGUAGUGACCAGACCAAACCAGCAGAACUUAACGGAGACUCCCGCGCAUCGGAGCCAGUAUCGAGUAGUCGCAGCUGCUGAUAAGACGACGACGGUUUGAACGUUAGUGGAUUUGGUGAUAUCUUGGUUGAUUGAGUGAGUGGAUUGGAAAGAGUCGAGGAUGUCCAGUGCAAGUAGCAAUAAUAAUAAUAACAACAACACCAGUAAGGCCAAUGGGAUCAAGUACGAGGCCCGGCUGUGUCACAUAGUCAAACGUGACGAUUUCGAUGGGUACGGGUUCAACCUUCAUGCGGAGAAGGGUCGUCCGGGUCAGUACAUUGGCAAGGUCGAUGAUGGAUCACCAGCCGAAUCUGCUGGACUUAGGCAAGGUGAUAGGAUUUUGGAGGUCAAUGGAACGAGUAUUGCCAACGAGACGCACAAGAAGGUGGUGGAGCUGAUCAAGAUGGUCCCGAAUGAGACCAAGCUGCUGGUGAUUGAUCCGAAGGCCGACGCGAGCGAUUUGAAGGCUGCCGGAGUUAAGGCGGCUGCCGGCAAGAACGGAGUCGAUGUCAAUGAUAACAGCAAACAUGUGGCGGAGAAUGGCAGCGAAAAGAAGUCGGCACAUAGCCCGGUGUCGGAAAAAAUGACCAACGGAAAGGACAGCUUGAAUGAGAACGGCAAAUCGAAGCAUGACGUCAACGGUAGCAGCAAUGGAAGCCACGAGGACACCAACAACAAGAAAAACAGCAGCGCAAAUAGCAAUGGGGACACGACAAGUGCUAACAACAACAACAAAUCGAUGGCAAAUGGCGACUCGAAAAAACCGGUGGAUCAAAUCAUCGAAGGCACCAAGGGCAUGACCGUGGCGGGUGCUAAGCAGGCUGAGGCCAAUGGGAAGGCCAUGAACGGAAGUAGCAACGGAAAUGGAACGGCGACGGCCACCAAAACGGAAGGACCCAAGCUGAACCUAAACAUGACUGCGGCAGAACUCCGGGCUCAGCUGGCCGCUCGCAAGAAGUACGAUCCAAAGAAUGAUGUUUGUGAUCUGCGCAAAAAGUACGAAAUUAUCCAGAAGAUGUGAUAAGUAGGCACGGGGCUGAAAAGACGAGAAUACCUCGGUUUGUGUGUGUAAGCGUGUGCGAAUGCUAGUGAGAAUGUGCUGUAAUAGGAAAUCAUCAACUUCGGUUUCGAUCGGUUAGUUACUUAAACGCAGUUUACUAGUUACGAAAGAAAAAAAAAGUAAAAACAGCAAAACGACAUAUAAUUCAUAUCAGUAUUUUACCCCCAUGAGGUCAUCGACUCCUGAUCGCAGUAGGUGACCAUAACCAAACUCUUCAACGUUGUACAGAACAUCCCUCUUAGUGAGCCACAGUAGUAGGCCAUAGCUACUAACAUUUUAGGAAGAAAAACAACACCCCUCAGUCUUAAAAGGCGAAUUCCAUCUAAGAUACCUGCGACACGAAAGAAAACAAAACGCUCUUUCUGUAAAUUAGUAUGGAAGUGCUGAGGUGCUUGAUAAAAUCGAACACCCUCGUUUGUUAUCACCGUAUCUAAUUUCUCGCUAACAACGCUCCGAAAUUGGCAAACUGAUUCACUGAUAACGCGAGAAACCGAGACCACAAGAAAAAUCAAUAAGUGAAGCAGCAGCAACAUUUGAAGCGCAAUUUCUGGAAGCUAUUUAGUGUCCGGGAAGAAAAAAGGAUCCGAUCAAAACAAACACAGUUAAUUAAUUAGUGCAGGUCAAACCUUCCGGAAUGAGCUGUUAUUUCCAUUUUAUUGAGUCUUUCGAAGAGUUACAAUUAUUGUUUGUACAGUUGUAAUCAGCUAUUGAAUCAACAACCACCGACUGCUCUUCUCCUUCUCCUCUUUCUGAAAACAGUUCACUCCCCUCCCUAAACUGAUCGAGUGAUUUAUGAUUGCAAAGAGGGGGCAACCCUCUUCAGCUGGUGAUAAGUAAUCAAUUGAUGUGACCAUAAGGAAAAGGAUAAGAAUAAUUUGAGCAGUUUGAAAGUUGUAAAGCUUAAGUAAAUUGGUUUUAAAAAGGUGAUGAAAAAAAUCUGACAGUGUAUAAAGGAACGACCCCGCGAUAUACAGAAGCGAUGUGCCAAAAAUUUUCAAAACGAUAUGAGGGGGUGUGCUUACGUGGCCAGCCACAGUAGUAAGUCGUAGUACGUCUUUAUGAAAGUGAUCGAUUGAAGAUUGAUGGGUGGGUGGGCGUCCGUGAUGAUGUGAUUCGUUUUUUCGGGGAGGUGAAAUUUGAAGCAGUCGAAAAAAAGCGAAAUUAAACAAACAAAUGAAAGAAUUGAAGACACUGUUUAUUUUGUCAAAACGAAGCCAGCAAGCUGGGAAGUGAACAGAACAGCCAGAAGAAAUGCAUAUGGAAAAGAUGUAUCUUUUAGAGAAGUAAAACUAAUAAAGAUUUAUUUAUAGUGA